UAAGUUUUAGGAAAAAACAAAUAGAACUAAAAUUGAGCAAUGCAUUGCAAGCGACUAAAUUGUUAAGCCUAAACGGAAAGCGUAUUCAAAUUGACGCCGAAAUAACUCAGCGAGCAUUUUGUGCUGCUGCUUUUCCUGUUUACAAAGACGCCAUCCAAUUCGAAAAGAAAGAGCAUGGAAAAGUAAAGGGGGCUGAGUGGAGAACAAGUGUAGUGUGUAGGCAAAAGGAUAGCAGGGGAGAUUCAAACAACAAGGACUUGUUGGAACUGCAGCGACGUUGUCGUGCAGAUAAGAUCGCCUGUCUGAGCCUGAGUCGAAUCACGUACCUGAACAUUGCCAAUGAGCAGACAGAGCAGGAGACGGACACAGAGCUGCUCAAGGACUCGUUGAUAACGCCGGAGAGCUCGCCGGACGAGCGCAUGGCGUUGCAGCUAGGCAAGAAGCUGGCCCAAGUGCUGGGCAAUACGAGUACGCCCCAAAUGGAAACGGCUCUCACAUUGAACUCAGCACCAACAGCCACAACACCAUCGAUGGGUGGAGGAUCAACUGGAGUGGGAAUGGGAGUGGGAGUCGGAACAGGAACCGGUCCUGCAGGUGGAGCAGUGGCUGUUGCGGUGGCAACACCGCGUGUUGACUCACCCUUGGGCAAUGGCGAGCUGUUCAACAUUUCGAAGGCCAAGAAGGUGGAGUUGCAGAAUCUGUCGUCGCGUUUCAGUGCCGCCGUCAACCAAACAACAUCCGCAACUCCAACUCCAACGCCAUCCCCAUCUCAGUCGCAGUCUGCAUCCACAUUCGCAUCCGGAUCCGCACCUGAGGCAUCAGCAGUACCAACGCCAGUUCUCUCAACCCCAACUUCAACUCCAGCUACAGCAAUAGCUUCGACUUCUGCUGCGACUCCGUCGACGCCGCUGGAAACGCAAUCAACUGUUAUAAUUUCGUUUAAAUCAUCUCAAACACCUGUGCAGUCUCAAGCGGCAUCGACUGACAAUGCUGCCAAUAAAGAGGAGCAGCAGUUGUUGGAACAGCAGCAGCAGCCAGCUGAGGAUGGUGAGGAGGCACUAGAGGAGGAGACAGAACCGUUGCCACCGCCACCUGGUUACGGUACGCCCACCAAUCUGCUGUUGUCGAGCAAUGUGCUCAAAAAGGUGGCCAGCUUUUCGGUCGAGAGAUCGUCAACGGGCAACAGCAACAGCAGCGCCAGUGCUCAGUCACUGGCAACGGGCCACGAGGACAAGGAUAAGGAUAAAGAGAAGGAGCGAGAGAGGGACAAGGAGACAACGCUGCUGGCGACGUCAACGUCAGCGCUGUUGGAGAAGCAGCAGCAGGCCGCUGUUGGCGCUGGUUCGCGACGAGGCUCAUCUUUUGUACCGGAAAAGUUAAGCUUCGCUGCAUAUGAAAAGUUCGAAGGUCAAAUGCUGAUCAAAUGGUUAAUCUCUACGCUGCAAAGCAACAAUGCUACAGGACAAGAUGCUUUGAAUGCAAUGGCAUUGCAGUUCUGCAAUAAUCUCAAAUAUGUUGGAGUACUCAAGCAGAUCUCCAAUGAGCAGCAGCAGCAGGAAACCAUGUCCGGAUUUAGCCCCUAUGAAAUGUACCAAUGGACGCAUACGGAGCAGCCCACAACAUCGCUCCCUCUGACGCCCGGCAAACUGGAUAAGGUGGCUGCCUGGCCCUUCUCUAGCACGCCGGCGGGAUUGAAGCAACACCAGCUGCUGGAAAGCAGCAACAGCACACCACAACUCGAUGGCCAGAAGAUGUUGCAGCAAGUACUCCGCAAGCGGCUGCUCAACUGCGCGACUCUCGCCGAGGUGCAUGCGGUGGUCAAUGAGCUGCUCAGCAGCGUCGAUGAACCGCCGCGGCGACCCUCCAAACGGUGCAUCAACUUCAAUGAGCUGAUCAAUGCCAGCGAAACAACCAUCUACGAGUGCAAUAAGCCAGUGGAGAGCAAAAGCUAUGCGGAUGCGGGCACACAAACCGAGCAGCAAGAGGAUCAGGAUAAGACUUGUGCGGGCACUUGUACGUGUGGAGCAGCCAAGGGUCUGGCGACGACGGAGCCAGUGCAGCCAGAUGUUGCAGCAACAGCCACAAGCACAACAACAGCAGCACCGCCUCCGCCACCACCUCCUCCACCACCGCCUCCGCCACCCGCACCUCCCAUGCCCGGCCAGGCAGCUGCACCACCACCACCGCCUCCUCCACCGCCACCCAUUGCAGGUGCAGGUGCAGGAGGCGCACCGUUGCCACCCCCAGAACCCGCCAGUGCAGCAGGCCCAGUGCCACCGCCACCGCCUCUAAGUACCUCCAAGUCCGGCGCAAAUCUCUCGCCAGCGCCCUUGCCCGAUCCCGCUGAAGGCAAUUGGUUCCUACGCACAAGCAUACAACGCAAGAGCGCCGUUAAUCCGCCGAAACCAAUGCGACCGCUGUACUGGACGCGCAUUGUGACAAAUGUGCCGCCAGUGCCGCGUCCGCCAUCGGUGGCCAACUCCACGGACAGCACAGAUAACAGCGGCAGUUCGCCGGAGGAGACGCCAAGCACAGCCACAACGCCAGCAGCCACAGCUACAGCAUCAUCAGCAGCAGCAGCAGUUACGGCAACACCAGCGGCAGCUGCGCCAUCCAAAGAGAUUUGGACGGAGAUCGAUGAGACGCCGCUGGAUAAUAUCGACGAAUUUACAGAGCUUUUCUCCCGCCAAGCAAUUGCACCCGUUAGCAAACCCAAGGAACUGAAACCCAAGCGGGACAAGUCGAUUAAAGUGCUCGACCCAAAGCGUUCACGCAAUGUGGGCAUCUUUGCCAGAAGCUUGCAUAUGCCGUCCAUAGAGAUUGAGCAUGCCAUUUACCAGGUGGACACCUCAGUCAUUAGCCUGGAGACGCUGCAACAAAUCAGUCAUAUACGUGCAACCGAGGAGGAGCUGCAACGCAUCAAGGAUGCUGAUGGCGGCGACAUUCCACUCGAUUAUCCCGAACAAUUUCUCCGCGACAUUUCCCUCAUCUCGAUGGCCAGUGAACGCAUCUCCUGCAUUGUCUUUCAAGCCGAAUUCGAAGAGUCUGUGACGCUGUUAGUGCGCAAACUAGAGACGGUUUCUCAGCUCUCGCGACAACUUAUAGAGAGUGAAGAUUUAAAGCUCGUUUUCUCCAUCAUAUUAACGCUGGGCAACUAUAUGAAUGGUGGCAAUCGACAGCGUGGCCAAGCAGAUGGCUUCAACCUCGAUAUACUCGGCAAACUGAAGGAUGUCAAGUCCAAGGAGUCGCAUACCACGCUGUUGCACUUCAUUGUGCGCACGUACAUUGCGCAGCGACGCAAAGAGGUGCUCAGUCUGUUCAAUAUGAAGUUGCCUAUACCGGAGCCGCCGGAUGUGGAGCGUGCAGCGCAACUGGACUUUGAUGAGGUGCAGCUGCAGAUCAAGGAGCUGCACAAGAAGCUAACAGCUUGCAAACAGACCACAGCACAGGUGCUCAACGCAUCCAGCGGCAGCAUUCAGGAGCCCUUCAAAUCCAAAAUGCAGGAAUUUACAGCAAAUGCCGAUAAAUCGGUGGCCAAGCUGCAUCAGCUCCUAGACGAAUGCCGUGAUCUCUUUCAGGAGACAAUGCGUUUCUAUCACUUCUCACCCAAAGGUUGCACUUUAACCCUGGCACAGUGUACGCCCGAUCAGUUUUUCGGUUACUGGACGAAUUUCACCAACGACUUCAAAGACAUUUGGAAGAAGGAGUUGGCAAUAUUGGAGAACGAAUUUAAAUUGAAAAACAUGAAAAAACAUGCACAGGCUGAAAAUCGUCGCAAUAGCUGCGCUACCACGGCGCAGCCAAAAAGGCUUUUGUACAAGGAGCGCAUGGUGCUGCGACGCAGCCAAAACUAGUUGUUAGUCCAAAUUAGCUUUAGUUCUUUCCGUUUUUUAAGCUUAAUAAAAAUUUACGAAAAUCCUCGCA